AUGUCUGCGCAGAAACGAAUGUCGCAGGAACCAGGACUGUUCAGUGUGCGAAGGCAGCGCGAAUCGCUGGCGCCUCUCAGUCACAAUGCAACUACUGGAAUACCAAUGCCAGCCAGCGCGAUGAAACGAUCGAGUUCGGGACUUGGACAGGUGCCCGCAACGACAACGCAUGCGCGCUCGACAUCGGGCUCGAGGAUGAGUCUGGCGCCAGGGCGGCCGUCUCAACCAAUGUUCCACAGAUCAUCUUCUGGCGACAACUUGGCAGGAAUGGGCUUUUCUACAGUACAGCGACCGAAUACACAGAACUUCUUCUCGAGCACAGGCGGACGGAAGAGCUUCGCGCCUGUUUCGAGCACGCCAGCACAUCCGAUUCAGUUCCAAGAUACCGCGAGGCGAAGCAGUGUCUACAGUGCACGACCUUCAGCAGGAUUAGGACCUGCAGGACAUCAGAGCUUCUUCGCGACUGCUCCGCCUGUCAAUGGCAUCCCCACCGACCCACGACGAUUACGCGACAAGCAGGUGCAGCAGGUGAUGGGAACGGAAAUCAUGGAAUUUCUUACCCAACGCAAUUUCGAAAUGGACAUGAAGCACAGCUUGACACACAAGACCAUGACAAGUCCAACGCAGAAGGACUUCAACCUGAUGUUCCAAUUCUUGUACCACCAGAUCGACCCAGCAUACCGCUUCCAGAAGAACAUCGACGCUGAAGUCCCGCCUUUACUGAAACAGAUGCGAUACCCGUUCGAGAAGAAUAUUUCAAAAAGUCAGCUUGCAGCAGUCGGAGGCAAUAAUUGGCACACAUUCUUGGGACUUUUAUAUUGGAUGAUGCAGCUCGCGAAAAUGAUGGAGCAGUACAGUACAGGUAUCUGGGACGAUGCGUGCAUCGAGGCUGGAUUUGAUGUUAGCGCUGAUCGAAUUACCUUUGACUUCUUGUCGGGAGCAUACAAGGAAUGGCUCUCCAUUGAGGAUGAUGACGACGAGGAAGAGGAAGCAAAGAGAAGAAUAGAACCACAUAUCCAAGCCAUGGCAGUCAAGUUCGAGCAGGCCAAUGCUGCGAAUCUAGAACAGGUCAAGCAGCUGGAAGCGGAGUCGAAGUCGCUGCAGGACCAGAUUGAUGAGCUGAGCAAAUCCGCUCCAAGAUUAGCGAAGCUGGAGGAGACGAUCAAGAUUCUGGAAGAGGACAAGCAGAAGUUUGAGCAAUACAACUCCAGCAUGGACGCCAAGGUGGAGAAGUACAAUCAUCGAGCUGAGCUGCUGCAACAGGAGAUUGAGAAGUGCGAGGCUGAAAUGGCGGAGGCAGAAGCAGAACGGACUGAUCUUCAGCGAAAAGUCGAUGAGCAAGGUUUGUCGAUACAGGACAUCGACCGCAUGAACAGCGAGCGAGAACGACUUGUGAAGGGGGUCGAGACGACACAAGCGCGAUUGGAGGAAGCCAAAGAGAGAACAGCGCAGAAAGAAUCUGAAACUGGCGCGAAGCUGGACGAGCUGGAAGGUAGCGUGCAGAGGUACAAUGCUGUUGGAUAUCAGAUCGGCAUAAUACCUGCGACCGCCUCGAAUGCACACGGCAACGACUACGAGCUUCGCUUGCGAGUCAACGAUGGUCCGGAUUUCACAGCAUCUGGAACAGCAUCUCACGACUCCGACCGCCUCCUGCAAGAUUCCAACAACGGCUAUCAACCCCAGCACCUCUUGCCAUCGCCUGAUCUCAAAGCCACAAAGCGGCUACUCCAGGAUUUGCGCAAAGAGAUUUCCGAGCGAAGAAAUGCCAGUUUAGAAGAAGACAUGGCCAAGGUCGACAUGCUCGAUAAGACGAGGGAAGCGCUCGAAGAUAAAUUCGCAGAACUCGAGACCCUGAAGCAUCGCGUUGGAGCUGCUCAAGAAGAAUUUGAGAAGAUGCGCGAAAUCACCAGCGCGCAAUCCAUGGCUUCCGAAGCUCAAAUCGAGAAGAUGGAAAAAGAGCUCAACAAGAUGCGCGCAACGCUAGGAGAGAGCGUGCAAUUGAUGGAGCAAAGGGAGAUGAACGUGAACCUUGAGUACGAACAACUCACCUUCCGCGCCGCAGAGCUCAGAGAAGAACUGCACACCGAGCUCGAACGCAUGAUCAAAUACGUCGUGGAUUUCAAAAUCCAUAUCCAGCAGAAGUUGGAGGAGUAUGAAGAUUUCGUUGCGGUGGAGCUUGAACAUGAGUUCAAAGAAGCUGAAGAGGCUGAAGCGGGGUUGGGAGCCGAAGCUGAUCCUGAUGCCAUGGAAGAGUAGGCUUGUGGUUUUGAUGCUGAUGCUUUAAUGAUGAUGAGAUCGUCGGUUGGCGUUGCUAGGGAUUUUGGGAGAGAUACCUCUUUGCGGAAUUGUCGAUAUCGUUCUUUUAGAGGGCAUUCAUUGAGCAUGUGCAUCUUGGGCCAUUCACGUGUUACGCCUUCGCCUUAGAAUCCCUUUCCUGUGGCUUCCUCGUUGGUGCCACUGGGAGAGCCGCUAGAUGGCCUUCAACGCGACUGCAACUUGCCGAUGCCGGUGUUCUACCCUUCGACUACAGGGUGUCACUUGCGUAGAGGAGCCCGCUCUAGGGCGCCUUCUUUUCAUGGCCUUCGGGGCACUGAGGUCUGCUCUCAAAUGUACUCUCGCCAAACAGUGCCCAAUAAAAGAUUCCUACAUUUGAAGACGAGGAUGGCUGCGGUUCGCAAUCCGUUCCCCCUGCACUUCUUGUGUGUACUGUAGGUGACACCCCGUAGAAUCCUGCCUCAUUGCGCUGUCUCGUUGGACAGAUGGUCAGAACAGAAGGCAUGCGUAGAAGUUGUGAAGCGCAUAACUUUACGAUCUGUCGUUUUCGCAUGUGUGCCUUGGGUGUUCGAACGCAGCGUGAUAAUGGAAUGCUGUGGCGGUAUCCAUUCUGUCGCAUGAUGUGGCCUCGUCGCAAUGACAGUCAAGGUCCGGAAAUGUAGCUCAAAGCUUCCGUUGGGAUGCGUCGAAGAGAUAUAUGCUUUCCUUCAUGUAUGCACUUUCACAAGUGGUGCAUCUUCAGGUAGUCUUUCCCUUGUUGAUUUUAUGUAGCGCUCGAUAACAGGCCCAC